AUGGUAACGUAUGCUGAAGAAAAAAGUGUCGUUCUGCUGAACUCUACAUUUAUUCGUCCUGAAAAAUUUUACAUAGGUGGAUUUUCAAAUCUUCCUCAUGCUAAGUACUUCUUCAUCUUUUUGUGCUUUGUUUAUAUCAUAACUCUGCUUGGAAAUGGUUUUCUUCUUUCAGUUAUUUACCUUGUGAAAACUCUUCACACUCCCAAAUACAUAAUUGUGUCUAACCUGGCUUUCACAGAUUUGUGUGGGAGCACUGCUCUCAUCCCGCAAAUGUUGGACACAUUUUUAUUUGACAGGAGAUAUAUUGCCUACAACACAUGUUUGAUUAAUAUGUUCUUUGUUUUUGUCUUUGGAUUUGUACAGUCAUGGACAUUUGUGACAAUGGCAUAUGACAGAUUUAUAGCAAUUUGUUUCCCUUUAAAAUAUCACAACAUUGUGACUAAUAAAUCUAUAGUUGCCAUGCUGCUGUUUUCAUGGGUUUUUUUGACAACUUUUGUGUCAGUCAUGGCUGGGUGCAUAAAUCGUCUUUCAUUCUGUGGCUCUUUAGUGAUACAAAGCUCUUUCUGUGAUCAUGGACCUAUAUAUGGUCUAGCCUGUAAUGAUCCAUAUUUAAAUUUCAUUUUGGCAUUACAUGCCUUCAUUUUUGUACUUUGUAUUCCUCCUGUUCUGAUCAUUUUAACUUAUGUUGGUAUUUCUGUGGCACUGAGCAGGAUUACAUCAAGAGCGCAACGACUUAAAGCACUGAAAACUUGUACUUCUCACCUGAUUCUUGUUGCUCUUUUCUUUCUGCCACAGUUGGCCACCAAUAUAGCUGUUUUGACCUCCAAACUUGAUCCGAACACUCGAAUCAUAAACGCAGCUUUAACUCAAAUAAUCCCUCCUUUGCUUAAUCCUAUUAUUUACUCCAUAAAGACAGAGGAAAUGAUGAAUGCUAUGAAGAAACUUUACAAAAGAAACAAACUGAAUGCAAUUACAAAAUACUGAAGUCUCCGAUCUCUUACUAAUUGCACUAUAAUUUAUCUUGUACAAGUGAAUAUUGUGUCAUUUGCUGACAUUUAUGGUGCUUGCCUGUGGUACAAAAUCGCUCCUGCUUGGCUAAGAAAUUUACGUUGA